GAAAUAAUUUGCAUAUCAGUAAAGGUGUACAAAACUUCCUCAACAUAGUGUGUCUAAAGAGGUCUCUUGAAUAUGACCUCUCCCCCUCCUUGCCAGACCCCCUCACCCAACUCUCUCUCUCUCUCACACACACACACGCGUGAGCGUGCACAAAAUGAGCAUCCCAAAAUAAAAAUACCAGCAUGGUUAGUAAUGUAUGCCUACUUUCCCAGAGACUCUGCUGCAUUGUAAAUAAGAGUUGGUAUUUUGAAAUAAGGGGCAGUACCAAUCGUAAUGGUAUUUUGAAAUCCGGUCUUCUUCUGAUCUUAAAGAAGCAAAAAUUCAACAAUAAUUGAGGGGAAAAUAUGGCUGUAAAUCAAGUUAUGGAGAAAAAGUUAUCUUCUUCAUUCAUAAACAAAUUCUCUACAAAAAUGUUCCAGUCCCUUCUAAUUGGGUUGUCAACCCUCUUAAAUACAAAAUAAAAAAAUAAAAGAAAAUCUCUCUCUACAACCCAUGUCUCUCUCUCUCUCUCCAACCCACGUAUCUCUCUGUAUCUAUACGUCUUUCUCUCUCCCCAAGUUAAUCUCUCUCUAGAUCAUGCAAACUCAAUAAUUUCCAUCCCAUGAAUAUACAAGCCCCUUUCCCUCACAUGAUCUACUUUCCUCCUAUAGACCCUUAUCAUAUCCAUGAAAGCGCUUUGUUUGACGAAGCAGGCUGGAAAUGCUUGUGCUUUGCUUAGAGAAAUGACAAAGCACGGUUGCGUGCCAAAUUCUGUGAUUUAUCAGAUUAUUCAUGCUUUUGUGAAGGAGGGUAAUGUCAAGGAGGGUGUGAAGCUUUUAGAUAAGAUGUUAUUAAUGGGUUGUGGGCCUGAUUUGGAGACUUUCAAUGAUGCUGUUGGUGGGCUUUGCAAAAAGGGUCAGUUUGUUGAGGCUGUUAAAAUGGUUGACAGAAUGAUAAUCCGUGGGUUCACACCAAAUGCUUUAACUUAUGGGAUUUUGAUACAUGGGUUUUGCAAAAGAGGCAUGGUCGAUGAGGCAAAUGCCCUUUUGAGAGAAUUGCCUGACCCCAAUGUAAUUAUGUAUAAUACUUUAAUCCAUGGUUACCUCAAAGAAGGAAGAUUUAGUGAGGCCAAGACUUUGAUGCAUGAAAACAUGAUAAAGAAAGGAUGUGAGCCUAAUGUCUAUACGUAUGGUAUCAUGAUGGAUGCUCUUUGCAAGAUGGGCAAUGUGGGGUCGGCGAGAAGAUUACUAGAUGAGAUGUUGAUGAACGGUUGCAUGCCCAAUGUGGUAAUUUACACUAUCUUGGUAGAUGGGUUAUGUAAAGCAAGGAGAUUAGAGGAAGCGUUUGAGGUCGUAGAGGAAAUAUCAACUCAAGGAAUCAGUUUGAAUGUUGUAUGUUACAAUUGCAUUAUACAUGCUCUUUGCAAGGACCAAAGAAUCAAUCAGGCAAUGCGACUUUUUGAUAGAAUGUCACAAGAAGGUUGCAAACCUGAUAUAUUCACUUUCAAUUCUUUGAUCGAUGGUCUAUGCCAGGAUGAUAGGUUAGAGGAGGCUUUCGAGGUCUGUCGGGACUUGUUAGUACAUGGUUUAAUACCUAGCAACACAACUUACAAUACCCUAAUUGGUGCCCUACUGAGAAGAGGUUCUAUAGAAGAGGCUCAAAACCUUGUGAAUGAAAUGAUAUUCAGAGGAAAUUCCCUUGAUGUUAUCACUUAUAAUUCUUUUAUUAAGGGAUUAUGCACAGAAGGGGUGAUUGAGAGGGCCUUGGGUUUGUUUGAAGAUAUGGUGAGAAGAUGAGUUGCUCCAAAUAACAUUUCUUAGAACAUUCUGAUAAAUGGCAUAUAUAAAACUGGGAAUAUUCAAUCUGGUCUCGAGCUUCUAAAGGAAAUGCUCCAUCGUGGUUGUAUGCCUAAUAUUGUAACUUAUAAUAGCCUGAUAAAUGGAAAAUCUGGGAGGAUAGGAGAGGCCUUGAAUCUCUUUGAGAGGCUACAAGCCGAAGGAAUAAAACCUGAUACUGUUACAUAUAAUACAUUGAUAAGCUGGCAUUGCAAGGAGGGAAUGCUUAAUGAUGCCAUCUUGCUUCUAUAUAGAGGAAUUAGUCAUCGGUUUUAUGAGAGUUUGGGGUUUCAGUAGAGAGAGAGAGAGUGUUUGGGCAGAGAGAGAGAGCAAAAUAGGUUCUAGAGAGAAGAUGGUGGGGACUCUAAAGAGGUGAAGAUAAGGAUCAGUAAGAAACGGCAUGAGGAGCUCUUGGGAAAGAUGGAGCUUCAUGGCAUGUCCGUUGAUCAGAUGAUUGAGCUGCCCAUGAACACAAAUGGUGAUAAACACAGGGGCUGGAGGCCUGUGCUUCAGAGUAUACCUGAGGGUGAAUCAUGUUUGAAAGUUAGCGUGGGUUUGGGAGGUUGAUCGGGGGAGAGAGAAAGGGAAUCAUGGCAAGAGAGGGAUUUAGAAACAAUGCCUUUUCUAAAUUUGUUUGGGUAAAAAAUAUUAGUAAAAACUAAAUAAAAUAUGUUUAGGGGGUUAGGCGAUAUAAUAGAGUGAAUUUUUAUGUAGUAAGAAAGGUUUCGCAACCUUGGGUCAAUGGAGAAAUGACAGUUGAAAAUGAGGUCUACAGCGAUAUUUUCCCAAUUAAUAAUUCCAUGCAUUAACAUAAGUUUGACUUAUUUCCAUAAAAAAAGCAUCCAAUUUGAUCUAUAAAUUGCACUUGAUUGUAUCAGAUAGACACAAUUAGUAAGCAAGAAUACAUCAGUAGCAGGAUUCGACAAGGUUGAUUCCAUUUAGAAUACCCAAGUACCUAGAAAAGCAUAAACGCCAUUUUCAAAUUUGAGGAAAGAAAAAUAGGAUGAGCAAUGAAUGGUGAUGAAAUACAUAACCUCUGCAGAGUCAAUCAAAAGCUAAUAAAAUUUCUCAUAUACAAACCCAAUAAUCCAUAAAUACAAACCUAUCACAGGGUUUUCAAACCAAAAAACCUAGAAAUACAAUACUAAUACAAACUAAUAUUUCUCAUAUGCAAACCCAAUAACCCAUAAAUACAAACCCAUCACAGGGUUUUUAAACCAAAAAUCCCAUAAAUACAGUACUAAUACAAAGUAAGGAUUCUCAUAUGCAAAUCCAAUAACCCAUAAAUACAAACCCAUCACAGGGUUUUCAAACCAAAAAACCCAGAAAUACAGUACUAAUACAAUCUAAUACAAGUUA